CAACGGGUUUCGGCGUUUUCAUUUUGAGUUAUUUUUUGACGAAAUAUUAAUUUAAUUCCAGACUAUUUAAUUCGAUAUUGAAGAAAUUAAUUGUUUGAUUUCAGUUCGAGAUACUUUCGUCAGAAUAUAUCUUAAACUUUGGAAUUAACAAAUCCCUAAUUGAAUUCAACAGUAUUCACGUUCGUUUCAAAAACCACCCCCCUCGUCUACAACCAAGUAGACCGACACUAUCGUCGCAUAAACGUGGUCAACAUCGGAAAUUGGUCAGAUGGUAAAGAUAAAAAAUAUGAAAAUCUUCAUAGUUCUAUUGUCAUUCUUAUUCAUUUAAUCGUGUUGGUCCGAAACAUCUCCUGUGAAUACAUGCAUCUAAAUAGGGCAUGAGGGUAUUUAAACGAUUGAACUACAUUCGAUAACUCAGACAGCAGUUUGCGUCAAGAGCAGACAGUUGGCUCUCUGUAACCAAAAAUCAGGGUGUUUACUGAGAAUAAACAAACAAACAAAAAAAAAAACGAAAAUGUCGCUCCUACUAUUCAGUCAGUUCACCAUAGUUUUAUCGGUCAUUCUAGUGUUCAUAGUUCUUCUGGUCAUACGCGAAAAUAGGAGAAGCAAAAGUAGAAAAACCGCAGAGAAUGGCCUUCCGGAUCCACCAGUACCUUUUCAGUUGCCCCUAAUUGGUCAUCUUCACCUGCUGGGAGGUUACGAAGUCCCGUACCAGGCCUUCACGGACAUCGGGAAGAAAUAUGGGAAUGUUGUGAGGUUGCAGCUGGGAAACGUGAAAUGUGUGGUCGUUAAUGAUCAGAAGAACAUCAGAGAAGCCAUCAUCAACAAGAGUAACCACUUCGAUGCCAGACCGAAUUUCGUGAGGUACGAGCAUCUCUUCUCUGGAAACAAACAAAAUUCUCUAGCGUUUUGCGACUGGUCCGAAGUACAGAAAACGCGCCGCGAGAUGCUCAGGGCCCACACGUUCCCAAGGAUAACCACCAACAUAUUCAGCAACCUGGAAGGCAUAAUCCACCAGAACACCAGGAGCAUGGUCGCCAAACUAGGGACCGGAAAACCGGUGAAUUUGAAACCGAUCAUCGUACAACACUGCGCCAACAUUUUCACUAAACAUUUCUGCACCAGACAAUUCAGCUACAACGACAGCGAGUUCCUCGAUAUGGUCGAAGACUUCGACGAGAUAUUCUACGAGGUGAACCAGGGCUACGCGGCCGAUUUCCUCCCCUUCCUCAUGCCCCUCCACAAGAAGAACCUGAGGAGGAUUUCUACCCUGACGCACAACAUAAGAAACUUCAUAUUGGGUAGAAUCAUCGAGGAAAGGUACGAAACGUUCAAUGUGGAGGAGGAACCUAAGGACUAUGUCGAAAGUUUGAUUAAACACGUGAGGACGGAGGCAGAGUUCGACUGGGAGACCGCUCUGUUCGCCUUGGAGGAUAUAAUCGGGGGACAUUCUGCUGUCGGUAAUUUCAUCAUGAAAUUGUUUGGGUUUUUGGUUAAGGAGACUGAGGUACAGAAGAAGAUCCAGGAGGAGAUUGACAGGAUUGUGAGCACGGAAGGAAGAGAUGUAGUGAUCGGUGAUAGAAAUAAGAUGCCUUACACUGAAGCCACUAUAAAUGAAGCUGUGAGGUUGAUCGCGUCGCCAAUUGUUCCAAGGGUAUCCAACCAAGACAGUUCCAUCGAUGGUUACCGGAUAGAAAAAGACACUCUUCUCUUCCUGAACAACUACGACCUCAGUAUGUCGGACAAGCUUUGGGAUGAACCAGAAAAAUUCAUGCCGGAAAGGUUCAUCAAGGACGGUAAGGUCAUGAAGCCGGAUCACUUUUUGCCCUUUGGAGGCGGUAAGAGAUCGUGCAUGGGAUACAAAAUGGUCAAUCUGAUCAGUCUUGGAAUAAUCGGAGGAUUAUUACAACACUACACGAUAUCACCGGUAGAUAACGAAGAAUACAAGGUGCCUAUUGGUUCACUCGCUUUGCCCAAAAACACCUUUCAAUUCAGGUUCACAUCGCGAUUAGCACCAAGUUGUUGAGCUUCUGGGACUUGAUUCACUGAGAUUUUCACUACUUGUCAGAGCUUAUUCAAAUCAUCAUAUCAGUUUGAGUACCUCGAAUCACGUUGAGUCAACCAACAAAAAAUAUCGUGAAAAAUAUUGAUAAGGAUGGUAGGAACUUUUCCAUAAUCGAUGAAAUUUUGUGUAGAGAAUGAAAAACCUACGCAACGUUUUUUUGUACGAUCAGAUCAUUGCAUAUUUAUACUUCGAAAUAUUUACGAAAUCUAGAAAAAACCUCACCAUUUCUUAAACAUUCAUGGUUGCAUAAAUUUCAAUCUGAAUGAAUAAUCCUACGGUUGUGCAAAAACUACGAAACGGAUUGAAACUAUCCUGCGCGUAGUUGUAAUAUUAAUGUUUUAUACCAUUAUGAAUUUUUAGAAAAAACUGAGAAAAAAUUCCAAACAAGGUUGUAUUGGGAAAAUACUAAACCAAAAAAACGAUCAGAGAUGUUGAACAAAUUUUAUAGUACAGAGUGAUUGAUUAUCAAUGUCUCUUCCCUUUAAAUUUUCUGUGUCGUUAUAAAAAAAAUGUGUCGUACAAAAGUUUCAUAAUUCCUGAGGAAAUUCUGAAAAAUGUAUUUUCAUAUACAAAAGGUGUUUACGAAAGCCUGUUUGUGAUUCUACUUUUCGAUUUCAAAUGGUAACCCUAUUUUCCAUUUGAUUUCUUGAUUCUCCUAAUAAUUCUGAUUUUUUUUAUCUGGAAUACCUCAAAUCUGGAUUUUGUUUAUAAAAAGAUAUGUCGUCAAUCAAUUGAAGAACUUGUUGAAGUAGUCUGCAUGCCUCAUUUUGCUCGAUACAUUUUCUCUUCUUUUCCAUUUCUGCCAGGACCAUAUCUUGAUUGCGCGCGUUCAAUAGAUUUACUUCUUCGAUCAGUUCGAUCAAUUCUUUUAUUCUGUCUGCAGGUAAUUGACUUAAUUUUGAUUUCUUUUGACGUCAAACUCAGAUGUGAAGACUGUUGGAUGAAACAUUUCAAGGAGAAUGAGGAGAUUGAAAAGAAAAUUAGUUACCCAUUUGAAAUUAAAUCUGUUUCAGACAUUGACCCAUAGAAGUCAUUUAUAAUCAAUCACCCUGUAUAAUUAAUAUAUUACCUUCCUUAUUCUGAUAAAAUGCCUCAAACUUUUAUUUAGCUAUUUGUUCUGUUUACAGAUGGGUAUUUUUGAUUGUCAUAUUGGUUAAAUUUUUUUCUUUUGAUUCAUUUAAUCCUUUGCAUUUCAUAAAAAACUCAUCUCCCAAAGUAGUGCAGAUAAAAGAUUCUGUUUCUGGAUGAAAAGGUUUCACCUCCCACAUAAUGUCUUUCAAUUUCUAAUAUAUUUUUUCUUUUGGAACUCAUAUUGAAAACAUAUGAUAUUCUAAAAUCGCUAUAUUGAAUUUACCCAUUGAAAAAUAAAGAAUGAUAUUCGAAUUCAACAUUAUAAUCCGUGUGUUUAGAUUUGAAAUGUAUUCAAAAAAUACCCCCAGUCAUACUAAGGCCCCAAAAAUUGUUGUGGGAACUCAUUAUGUACAUACUAAUGCAUAAUAUGAACGGCCUUCUUAGGAAGACUAGAGGUGUUUUUGGAAAUUGUGUUGAAAGCCAUUUAUCGAUUUUGGACCAACAAGGCUGCCUUGAAAAAAAAGUGUAAGGUCGUAUCUUGAAAUUAGGAAACGGUACCAAUUCACUGCCGAUGAAAUAAAACUUUUUCAGGAUAUCAUAUAUUUCCAAGAAAUACAAAUAUCAGAAAUUUAGUGACAUCAUGUUCAAGGACUAGAAAAGGGGGUGAUUUUCAACAGGAAAGAAAUUUCUAUCUGGUAUAGUUUGGAGGAGUCAAUCGCAAAAUAAGUUUCUCAUGGUCAUCUUUCAACCCCAUCAUCAGAUCAGCCCUAUGACAUUCCGAUUAACACGCUCGAACAAAAUUUGUCGAAAGUUUUUUCAAAGAGUCUAUUUUCGAAGGUUCUUCUCAUUUCCCCAGUAGAAAAUGCACAAGCAACGAUUUCGUGGGUUUCAGGAACUGUGAAACAACCAAAAGAGGUCAAAGCAUUCCCUGCUGAAGAAAGUCCACUUAGCGAUUUUAUUGGGGUUGCAAUCAUUCUUGGAAAAGAGAACCUCUAUUUUUGCCUUAAUUGCAAGCGUCGUACUGGAAUUCGAACAGUAAUUAAUUCCUCCAAUUAUUGAAUAAAGUACUACCACUCAAGUGACUCCGAUUCUAGUUCUCCAAGUUGUGUAGGCUCGACUGAUAUGAGUAAAAAAUAUUGAUAAUAAGACUGCAAUAGUACUAGGUACUAGUAGGUUCAUAUUUUCCAGGAAAUAUGUUAUACCAUUGUCGUCCUAAAAACAUAGUUUUCUCUUGGGGUAACAAAAAUUUGUUCUGACAAGCAUUGAAUGUCUUUUUCUAUUGAAACGAUAAAAAAUUUCUUACAGUGAAGUGUUUAUUUCUGGGAUGCAGCCGAAAUAGUAUUAGAUUCCGUUUGUAGUUCUAUUCCUUUCCCAAGGCAUUCCUGAAGCUCAUGUACCAAAUAAAAAAUGUAUAAUAUUUCUGUAAAAUAUGCAACAACUUCGUUUAUUGUGAUCAAUGUAAUGUACCUUGUAAAUGAGAUCAUAGAAGAUGAGCUAUUUUCUCUUGAGGAUUUUGUUUAUGUAAAUAGAUAUAUUUGUCAGAUUUUAAUUUAAUAACAUAUUGAAAGUAUUCGAGGUGUACUGACUCAAGAACUGAAUUCCUUUUUAUAUGAUUUAGAAUAUAUUGUUAAUUCAUAGGAAUACGAAACCUUUAUUUUGUUAUUUACAUCUUGAUAUGUUCCAAGUGUUGUAUAGUCCUUCCUAAUAAAAAAUAUAUGUGAUGACAGCAA